GGUCAUGUCCGAAGUGUGACCGUCAAAAACAAGCUCGACUGCUUCGUCUGCUACCGUUUUGUUUACUUUUUUCAUCGGCUCAUAACAGACAAUAAGACGGCCCGACGCGUAGAAGCCGAACAAAGAACGACGAUGGCGUCCUCCGUUUGGAUCUUCGCUUUACCUUGUUGAUUGUUCUUAGUGAGAUCCCUCCGAGAGAGAUAAAGGGGGAUGGAAUCUCCGCCGGAAGACGAUUUCUGCUCCAUCUGCCAUGAUAACUUCACCCUCCCAUGCCAAGCCAAUUGCUCCCAUUGGUUCUGCGGGCAUUGUAUUCUGCGCGUGUGGCAUCAUGGAUCUGCCCUUCAGCCAUGCAAGUGUCCUAUUUGCCGUCGUUUCAUAACUUUGCUAAUACCUGCUGAUGCUGCUGUACAAGAGCGCCAGGACACAGGAGCUAGUCAAGUCCUUGAAAACAUUGAGAAAUACAACCGUAAGUUUGGUGGAGGCCCAUCCAGUAUUAUACAGAGGUUAAGGGAUCUUCCAUUCUUCAUGCGAAGGCUGUUAAGAGAACUGAUAGAUACGCAAAGGUCACUACUGCCCCUUGUCCUCAGGGCGCGAAUAUUUUUUGCUAUGGCAGUAAGCGCAAUAUAUGUGCUGAGUCCAGUGGACAUUCUCCCAGAAGGAGUAUUUGGAUUUGUUGGUCUUCUGGAUGAUCUCAUUGUCUUGCUGGUUGUUAUCCUCCAUCUUGCUACAAUAUAUCGAUCGGUACUUGUUUAUCGCCAUGGAGGUUAUUGAAUGGCCAUCUCUGGCCAAUUUAUACGCAUCCAGUAGAACUUAUUGCAAGUUUUCUCUUGGGAUUCACAUAAUUCAUUUCAGCACAGCAAUUCGUCUCUGAAAGUUCAUUCACCUUUUAUCUAUCUGGUAGCUAUCCUCUGCAGUUUCCUAGUAUGUUAUUACCACAUGUAAAAGUGUACUUGCAACGGGAAUUGUCAUGUAAAUAUUUAGUACAGAUAUUGUGUUACUUCUUUUGUUCCUAGUAUGUGGCAUUCUCUAUAAAGUUGCAGGCCUUGAUGUGGAAA